UUCUUCUUCACUUCGAGGAGACUUUAACAUCUAGUGGCCAAGCCACCUUGUCAAGUCGCGAACUUGCGAAAUAAUUGUUAGACAUCGCUUUAAAGAGCCGCAAGACCUAUAUUAUUCUAGACGGCAUAGACGAAUUUGAUAGUGUGGUUAUCCGAAACGGGUCACGGCAAAUCUGAUAUUUUGGAAUUGGAGGAAACUUUCCCAACAUCCCGAAUCCGAAUGCGAUGCGUCGCAAUAUUCAGAGAUAUCUAGCAACUUAUCAAUGCACGUUCUGUCCGAAGCGCUUCACUCGCCAACAUAAUAUGAAGUCUCACUUGCGAGUACAAACGGACGAACGUCCUUUUAUCUGCACUGUGUGCGGAACGGCCUUCGCCAGGAACUACGACCGUAAAACGCACGAAGACAUCCACUCAGGCGAGAAGCGAUUCUCUUGCAAAGAGAACCUGGAAUAUGGCGAUCAAUGGGGGGGGGGUGCGGACGCCACUUUAAACGAGCCGCGGCCCUCGGACGACACCUCAGAUCCGAAGACGGCUAGAUUUGUAUCAAGCCUCUUCUUGAUGAGGUCGGUCGAAAAACCCUGAGGCUCCAGUACUCCAGGAGUACACGAUGAUGAUUAGUUGCCACCGUCAACAUAGCCACUACAUGCGCCGGGAAAUCGGGGCCGAAGAGCGAGCCUGUGCAAUGCGAGGGUGCUGAGGGUGUCGGAAAACCUGGAGC